AUGGCUGGGUGGUCGCUGGAGGACCUGACGCUGGGGCUGUACCGGCUGAGCCUGAAGCACGCCGCCGGGAAAGACGUUGAUGCGAUCCCCGGCGACGUCGUCCGCAACAGGAAUGACCUGGAGGAGAUGCUUCAUUGGCUGCGGUGGGCCAUGUCAGCAUAUGAGACAGACGCUGCCGCCCUCGCGACUCAUCUCAGGAUCCCCCAGGGCGCCAUCCACAGGCAUGUGGGCACAUCUGCAGUGCACCGCCCAGCGCACUUUGUGGCGGUGAGCGAGGAGAGGCGGUGCGUGGUGGUGGGCGUGCGCGGCACGUCGCACCCUGCCGACGUCCUCACUGACCUCUGCUCGCACGCUGCUGCUUUCGCUGAUGGGCAUGCACAUGCGGGCAUGUUGGAGGCAGCUAAGUGGGUGGCGCAGUCACAGGGGCAGCUCAUUGCACAGCUGCUCUCGCAGAAUCCUGGCUAUUCACUCGUGACGGUGGGCCACUCCCUGGGGGCGGGCACAGCAGCGCUGCUCGCCAUGCUGCUGCGCCACCCGCCCUCCCUGCCCGCCCUCUCCCUCUCCCCGCACCUCCUCCCCCCGCCCGCGCUCUCCCCCUUCUGCUGGGCCUUCGCAUGCCCCUGCAUAGUGUCCCAGGACCUUGCUGAGACCGCCUUCUUUAUCCGCACUGUGGUGCUGCAGGAUGACAUUGUGCCGCGCAUGUCAACUGCAGCUCUCUCGGACCUCCGUACUGAAAUCCUCUCCACUGACUGGGCGGCAGUGGCGCGUGAUAACCCCGCAGCAGCGCGUCUGGCAUCACUCGCCUCAUCCACACAGACAGCCCUCGAGUCGUCGCUCGGCAUCUCCCAGGGCCAGCUGCUCCCCACGCUCUCCUCCCAUGCUGCCUCCUUCUUUCGCUCUGUCUCUACUCCCGCUGCUUCUGCGGGAGCGGGUCGAGGUGGGGGGCCAGGGGCAGGUGGGGCGGGGUGGCUGGCGUUUGCCGGCCGUGUUGCUGCUUCUGUGUCUGCUGCAGUGGAAACACAAGCCACGGCCGUUCCCGAAGCCUCUGCGGCCUCUGCAGCCCCGCCGGUGCGCCUGGUGGCCCCGGGACAGCUCUUCCACAUUCUGCGCAAACCACCCGCCUCCCUGCAGCAGCAGUUCAACCUGCCCCCUCCUCCUUCCACUCCGCGGCAGCAGCUGGAGGUUGUGGGCGCGACUGGCAUGGCAAGGCAAGGAGGGAAUGCAGGAUGGUUGGCGGCACACGGCGGCUUGACAUUGACACCUUCUGUUGGCCUGGCAGGGAGUGGGGGAGGCGGUGGAAGGGCCAAGGCGAGUGGGGAGGAGCAGGUGUUUGUGGAGGAAGAGACUAACAUGGAGACGCGAGGGCUGUUUGAUGGGGACACGCAGCAGUGUGGAAGAGAUGCGGGGAAUGUUGGUGGUGAAGCGACUGUGCCUGUGUUGGGAUCGUCGAUCUCACAUGUCGUGGUGCGCGGGUUUGAUCCUAAGUCACGGUUUUCACGCAUCAUUCUGAGCAACAACCUGCUUGCCGAUCAUAGCUGCAAACUUUAUGGGAAAGGGAUUAUUGACGCCAUGCUAUGGUGCUCAUAG